CUUGACUCCAGUAAUAGAUUUCCAGAUAAAAUUGGAUUAAAAAAAUAAAAAUUUAGAUUUCCAAGUUUCGGAUAGGUGAUUAUAUAAAAUAAAAUUUUAAUUUUGUCGUACUUAUCAAAGGCUUAUCAUUUACAUAACACCAUCACUUAAGUGUAAUUAUCUAAUAAAAAUGCUGCACCGAACUCUUCUCCGUAGUGCAACUAUUACUCUGCGUAAUUCCAAAUUUCAAAAAUUACAAAAUGCGGAUAACUUCUUAUCGUCCCCCAAAGUUUUUUCACGGCUCUCGUCCCACUUUACAUACGUUCCGGACACGGUGUCCCCCUCGGAGGGGGAAACCGUUCGGAUGAACAUGUUUCAAGCGAUUAAUAACGCGAUGGAUAUUGCAAUGACGAGCGAUCCGAGUGCAGUAAUCUUUGGGGAGGACGUCGCCUUCGGUGGGGUGUUCAGGUGUACAUUAAAUCUACAAGAGAAACACGGCAAGGAUCGCGUCUUCAACACGCCACUGUGCGAGCAAGGAAUUGCUGGAUUUGCUAUCGGUCUUGCGGUCUCGGGGAGCACAGCAAUUGCAGAGAUUCAGUUUGCCGACUAUAUUUUCCCAGCGUUUGACCAGCUAGUUAAUGAGGCUGCCAAAUUCCGAUACCGAUGCGGAAACCAAUUUGAUUGUGGAAAAAUGACGAUCCGUUCCCCUUGUUCAGCCGUCGGACACGGUGCUUUGUACCACAGCCAGUCUCCGGAGGCCUACUUUGCCCACACGCCCGGCCUGAAGGUGGUAAUUCCUCGCAGCGCGGUGAAAGCGAAGGGUCUCCUCCUCUCCUGCAUUCGCUCCCCGGACCCCUGCAUCUUUUUCGAACCAAAGAUAUUGUACAGAACGGCGGUGGAAAUGGUCCCCUCGAAAGACUAUGAGCACCCCAUCGGCAAGGCGGACAUUCUCAUUGAGGGGGAUACAGUAACUUUGGUGGGAUGGGGGACACAGGUUCACGUUUUGCGAGAAGUCGCCCAACUAGCGCAAGAUAGACUGAAUGUUUCCUGCGAAGUGAUAGAUCUCGUCACAAUUGCGCCGUGGGAUAAGGAGACGAUUUAUAAUUCGGUCAAAAAAACGGGCCGCCUCGUCAUUGCACACGAGGCUCCAUUAACUUCCGGAUUUGGUGCUGAAAUUGCUGCUUCCGUACAGAAGGACUGCUUCCUCCAACUUGAAGCGCCCGUGCAGCGCGUGGCUGGACACGACACCCCGUUUCCCCAUGUUUUCGAACCUUUCUACCUUCCCGAUAAAUGGAGGUGUUUGGAAGCUGUGAGGGUCGCGGUGGAAUUCUAAUUGACAAUACAUAAAACCUGCCUCAAACAAACUGCCAGUCAGGGAAAGAGUCAAGGACGAAGUAGAAGACGAAUCUUCAUCAUCAUGAUGUCAAUAGUUAACUAAUUAGUACAACAAUUAAGCCAUGACGAAACGAAGGAAUAUUAACUCUGAACUAAAUAUGUACUUCCAUUGUGAUUAAAUUUUAAAUAACCAAAUCAAUGACAGCUAUUUAGCUUUAAAAUAUAAUCAUUCAUUAAUUAAUAGUGCUUUCUUCAUCAGUUAUCUCGAACGGAUGGAAAUAUAUUUUUCUAAAUAGAUUAUAUAGAAUCGACAUACAUUCGGCGUAUAAAAAUUCCAGAUAAUUAGUUUAUUAAUUUUUUGAUUGUAUGUAAAAGUGCACAGUAAAUAAGAAAUAUAAGAAAUCUUACAAACAA